GUUUUUGCUCCAGUCUCUGGAAGAUUUGGACAACAGUUUAAGAAAACUUAAUUCCCGUUUAUUUGUAGUACGAGGGCAGCCAACUGAUGUUUUUCCAAGACUCUUUAAAGAAUGGGGGGUGACCCAUCUCACUUUUGAAUAUGACUCAGAGCCUUUUGGAAAAGAGAGAGAUGCAGCUAUAGUGAAAUUGGCUAAGGAAGCAGGAGUAGAAGUGACAACAGAGAAUUCACACACCCUUUAUGACCUAGAUAGGAUCAUUGAGCUGAAUGGACACAAGCCACCCCUCACUUACAAACGUUUUCAGGCCAUCAUUAGUCGCAUGGACCUGCCAAAAAAGCCAGUCAGUACCAUAACAAGCCAACAAAUGGAGAUGUGCAAGACCGAGAUCCAAGAGAACCACGAUGAAACCUAUGGAGUGCCAUCUCUAGAGGAACUAGGCUUUCCCACUGAGGGACUUGCUCCAGCUGUUUGGCAGGGAGGGGAGACUGAAGCCUUAACUCGUCUGGAUAAGCAUUUGGAAAGAAAGGCAUGGGUUGCAAACUAUGAACGACCAAGGAUGAAUGCCAAUUCGUUAUUGGCCAGCCCCACAGGGUUGAGUCCCUAUCUUCGAUUUGGCUGCUUGUCUUGUCGCUUAUUCUAUUAUCGACUUUGGGAACUUUACAAAAAGGUGAAGCAGAACAACAGUCCACCUCUGUCGCUCUAUGGCCAGUUACUCUGGAGGGAAUUUUUUUACACAGCUGCCACAAAUAAUCCUAAAUUUGAUCGCAUGGAAGGAAAUCCUAUUUGCAUCCAGAUCCCUUGGGACAGGAAUCCUGAAGCCUUGGCAAAAUGGGCAGAAGGCAAGACAGGUUUCCCUUGGAUUGAUGCAAUUAUGACUCAACUGAGACAGGAAGGUUGGAUUCACCAUCUGGCCCGGCAUGCUGUAGCCUGCUUUCUAACCAGAGGUGACCUUUGGAUCAGCUGGGAAUCUGGAGUGAGGUAUUAAGGCAGUCCCAGUGUACUUCUCCAAAAAGGAAAUGUUAUACUGGAGAAGAAAACAGUGAAGAGCUCCACAAAAGGGCAAGGAUGAUGAUACAUCAGGGAUCAAAGAACUCACAACAAGAACUUUUGCAAACUGAAUUUGGAAACUAAUGAGACAAAAAUAAUGUCACAGAAUGGCUAAUGGAGUAGGGAAGUAUUUUCGUAAGAAGAAUCAUAAGACCAAACAACAAUUCCACUUGUUGAGCAUGUGAAUGCACAAUACACAAGGACUCUAAAUCUCUAAUGAAAGAGGCAGUGAACAAGUUUUGUCAAUAAACACAAUCUCAGUGAACAAAUACGUGCCUUUCGUGAGAUUAGGGAAUUGGUUAAGGAAAGUCUGGAGCUAAGACUUGCUCAUUUGCAAGUUUAUUCAAGGUACUGCAGAUGGUAUAUCCUUUUUUUUUUUUUUUGCUUCAUGUAACACAUCCUUAUUUCUUCUGUUGUCAUUGUUUAUUAGGAAGAACUUGGAUGAACCACGCAAAAUAGUUCAUGGUGUUCCUAGUAAUUCCAUUUAAACACUCCAUGCAACCACUAAACAUGUAUAUAGAUAGUAUUAUAGAUGGAAUCACAUCUGUAAAAAUAUCAUUAAACCAGCUUUUAUUGCUUCUAUAAAGGCAUAGUACUGGAACAACAGUGACCAAUUUGAAGGUACUAAAAUAGUAAAUUUAAUGUUUACUAGAGUGUUUACCUUCCAAUCAUAUUAUUCUGAAAUAAAAAAAGAUAUACUGAACACCUAUAGUCAUGUGAAAAAGAAAGUACAUUCUCUUUGAGUUCUAUGGUUUUAUGUCUCGGGACAUAAUAAAAAUCACCUGGUCCUUAGCAGUUCUUAAAAAUAGGUAAAUACUAUCUCAGAUGAACAACAACACAUGACAUUACACCAUGUCAUCAUUUAUUUUACAAAAAGAAAGCCCAAAUGAAGAAGACGUGUGAAAAACUAAGUGCACCUUAUGAUUCAAUAGCUUAUAGAGCCACCUUUAACAGCAGUACGAUCUACCCGUAGAGAUCCGGACCCUUUACACUCUCUCGGCCUUCCGAAAAGCCACUAAAACCUGGCUGU